AUGCCUCCUCUUUUCUUUCACCCUUUGCCUGUAUCUUCUCAUUCUCUCCCUUAUCCCUUUCCAAUACAAAUAAGAUUAUCCAUUAUCUCUCUUCUCAUGCCUUCUCUUUUCCAUUCACCCAUUUUCCUGUAUCUUCUCAUUCUCUCCCUUAUCUUUCCAAUACAAUUAAGAUUAUCCAUUAUCUCAUGCCUACCAAUUUUUCUUCCUUUUUGCCUAUUAUCCAUUAUCUCAUGCCUCUUCUUCUCUCACCCUUUGCCUGUAUCUUUCUCAUUCUCUCCCUUAUCCUUUCCAAUACAACUAAGAUUAUCCAUUAUCUCAUACCUUCUUCUUUUCUCUCAACCCUUUGCCUGUAUCUUCUCAUUCUCUCUCAUAUCAUUCCAAUCAAUUACCAUUAUCCAUUUAUCAUCAUCUUCUCAUUUCUUUUCUCACCAUUUUGCCUGUAUCUUCUCAUUCUCUCCCUUAUCCUUUCCAAUACAACUAAAGAUUAUCCAUUAUCUCAUGCAUCUCUGUCUUUGCCUUAUCUUCACCCAUUUUGCCUAUUAUUAUCCAUUAUCUUCUUUGCCUGUAUCUUCAUCAUUCUCUCCUUAUCCUUUGCCUGUAUCUUCUCAUUCUCUCAUUCUUAUCCUUUCAAUACAAUUAAGAUUAUCCAUUAUCUUCAUCUCAUCCAUCUGCUUUUCUUUUUCUUAUCUUCUCAUUCUCAUCCCUUUGCCUGUAUCUUCUCAUUCUCUCCCUUAUCCAUUUUCCAAUACAACUAAGAUUAUCCAUUAUCUCAUGCCUUCUGAUAAAAUUAUCCAUUCUCUCUCUUCUUUUGCCCUGUAUCUUCUCAUUCUCUCCCUUAUCCUUCCAAUACAACUAAGAUUAUCCAUUAUCUCAUGCCUAUGUUCUUCUCUCACCCUUUGCCUGUAUCUUCUCAUUCUCUCCCUUAUAUUUUCCAAUACAACUAAGAUUAUCCAUUAUCUCAUGCAUCUUCUCUUCUCUCACCCUUUGCCUGUAUCUUCUCAUUCUCUCCUUAUCUUUUCCAAUACAACUAAGAUUAUCCAUUAUCUCAUUAUUUGUUUUUUUCACCCUUUUUCCUGUAUCUUCUCAUUCUCUCCCUUAUCCCUUCCAAUAUCAUUUCUCAUAUUCUCUCUUUCUCCUUUGCCUGUAUCUUCUCAUUCUCCAUUAUCCUUCCAAUACAAAAAAAAUAUCCAUUAUCUCAUGCCUCUGCUUUUCUCUCACCCUUUUGCCUGUAUCUUCUCAUUCUCUCCUUAUCCUUCCAAUACAACUAAGAUUAUCCAUUAUCUCAUGCCUCUUCUCUUCAUUCACCCAUUUGCCUAUUAUCCAUUAUCUCAUGCCUCUUAUUCUUCUCUAACCAUUUGCUUGUAUCUUCUCAUUCUCUCCCUUAUCCUUUCCAAUACAACUAAGAUUAUCCAUUAUCUCAUUCCUCUAUGUUUUUCUCUCACCCUUUGCCUGUAUCUUCUCAUUCUCUCCUUAUCUUUUUCCAAUACAAAUAAAGAUUAUCCAUUAUCUCAUGCAUCUCUUCUUCUUUUCCCCCUUUUCCUGUAUCUUCUCAUCAUUCUCUCCCUUAUCUUUCCAAUACAACUAAGAUUAUCCAUUAUCUCAUGCCUCUUCUUUCUUCUCUCCAUUCACCCUUUGUAUCUUCUCAUUCUCUCCCUUAUCCUUUCCAAUACAAUUAAGAUUAUCCAUUAUCUCAUGCCUCUCCUUUUCUUUUCACCCUUUUGCCUGUAUCUUCUCAUUCUCUCCCUUAUCCCUUCCAAUACAACUAAGAUUAUCCAUUAUCUCAUGCCUCUCUUCUUUCUGUUCUUUGCCUGUAUCUUCUCAUUCUCUCCCUUAUCCAUUCCAAUACAACUAAGAUAUCCAUUAUUCCUGUCUCAUUCUUCCCUUAUCUCAUUCUCUCCUUAUCAUCUUUUUUCUGUAUCUUUCUCAUUAUCUCCCUCAUCCAUUCAAUACAACUAA